AUGUCCACGAACUUGAAUGAACAGCUGGACAAGGACUUAAGAACAUGCCAGUGGUUCAGCGUCCAAUGUGACGAGUCUGUGGACAGCAGCAGCACAGCUCAAUUAAUGGUGUUUAUUCGGAUGGUAUUUGAGGAUUUCUCCGCUAAAGAAGAGCUCCUCACGCUCAUACCACUGAGGACAACUACGCGACGAGUGGACAUUUACAACGCGAUGAAAACUUUUUUUGUGGAGAAAAAAGUGCCGCUGGAGAAGCUCGUGUCAGUAACUACCGAUGGUGCACCGGCGAUGGUGGCUCCAGCGCUGGUGCUGGGUUUCACUGCUGACUUCUCACAAUCUCCGGGUCAGGAGUAA